AUGGAACUGAAAGUUGGAAAUGAUGGUGUCAUCCGUGUAAUUGCUAACGUAUCUUACGUUGCUGAUGAAAUACCAAAGCCUAAACUAGGACUUCGUUUUACAAAUGAAAAUCAGUCGUAUGAAGAAAUGAAUUGCAUUUCUUGUUUGUCCCAUCACACAGAGUGUCACCUGGAAAUACGUUACCAUACCCAUGAACAGGUUCCCUCUGUUUACAGCAUUAUAUUUGACAAUGGUAAAAGAGAACUUUUUAAACAAGGAAAGUUAUUGUUGACUAAAGAAACAAAGCAUAGAUACUUGUCCAAAGGUGAACCAUUUUCGGAGAGUUGUGAGUCACCCCCAUCUUCUCCAAUACAAUGGUUUUUAUAUAGAACUCCGAUCACCCAGAACACUGCAGCUGCUGGGAAAAAUAACUAUAGCAUGAUAACUGGCAAUGCCAUCAGCAUUGAAAGUGUGGGCCCAAUUAAUGCUGGCACUUAUGUGUGCUCCUAUAAUCACAAUCCUCAUGUUAUCCUAAAAAAUAUUUCCCUCUCCAUUAUUGACAAGACUCGCAUUUCUUUUCAACCAACGCAUAAUAAUGUCACGUUGGAAAUGUGGAUAACUUACGCUGGGUCUGAUUCAUCACCACCUGCCUUGUUUCAAUGUGCUUUAAGUAAACGCUUGAUAACCAUGAACAACACACAAUGCAUCACCAGUGAAGUUGGAGAAGGAAAUUGUUAUUUGAAAUAUAUCACCGAUUUUGCUGCUAACAGAUGUUUCAUUGUUUUGGGAGAUUUUUAUUUUGAAGAAGAAUUUAAAACCGAUGUAAAAGAGGCAGAAAAUGGUUGUGUCAUAAAAAGAAGUAAAGGCAAACGAAAACAAAUUUCCAAACAGUGUCCAGACAUUAUCCAUGAUCCGGAAUCCACUUCUAAUGUAGACUACGUAGGAUCACCGCCAAAUCAAGUGUCUAAGGAUUCGUCAUUUUAUCGUAGGUCAAAAGACAUUUCACUGCCUAAAUUGGAGGCCGAAAGCUUAGAUUUGAAAGAAGAUACUAAAAUUGACACCAUUGGACAAUCAACAGUUGUAACCGCAAGGAACAGCGUAGCAAAUCAGAAUGAAAUCGGUAAUGAAGAAAUGUCUCCAUCAACUUAUCUUUCCUCAGUUUCUUGUGAAAAUAUAGAGAGGAAUUCUGAAGAGAUUGAGAGAUCCAGAAGCAACGAUGAGUUAUCAAAACUGAUGGUCUAG